CUGCCUCGACUUUGCAUCUUUCAAGGUAACCAGCUGCCGGAUCUCCUCAAUUCAUUGCGACAGACACGAUUUUGUCUCGGGUUAGGGGCGGAGCUACGUCCCGGCCGUGUCCAAUGGGGCCGUGAGGUCAGAGGUGAGGGGUGAAGGGGCAAAGACGGGAAAGUGCCGGCUCUGCCGCGCCUCGCCGUCGUCAUGGAGGCGAUCCAUGCCGAGGAGCUCCCUGAUGAGGAGGAGGAAGAAGAGCAAGAACAGUUGUUGAAGCGACAUCGGAAGGAGAAGAAGGAGCUGCAGGCCAAAAUUCAAAGUAUGAAAAAUGCCGUUCCCAAGAAUGACAAAAAGAGGAGGAAGCAAUUGAUUGAGGAUGUUGCCAAACUGGAAGGAGAAAUGGAACAGAGACACAAAGAAGAACUGGAGCAUUUGAAGCUGACUUCACUUGCAAAGAAUAAGAUAGACUCUGUUGUUGUUAACAUUGCAAGUUUGGAUAUUGAGAAUCAACAGCCUCGGAUAUCAAAAGCACAGAAGAGGCGGGAAAAAAAAGCUGCAUUGGAGAAGGAAAGAGAAGAAAGGAUAGCAGAAGCUGAAAUUGAAAACUUAUCUGGAGCCAGACAUCUAGAAAAUCAGAAACUUGCACGCAUUUUGGCAGCUAGACAUUUAGAGAUUAAACAGAUUCCAUCAGAUGGCCAUUGUAUGUACCGAGCUAUUGAAGACCAGCUGAAGGAACAAGAUUGCCCCCUGACUGUAGCUACCUUAAGAAGUCAAACAGCUGAAUAUAUGCAAAACCAUGUAGAAGACUUCCUGCCAUUCUUAACGAAUCCUAAUACAGGAGAUAUAUAUACUUCAGAAGAGUUUGGAAAGUACUGUGAUGAUAUUGUAAACACAGCUGCUUGGGGAGGUCAGCUUGAGCUAAGGGCUCUGUCUCACAUUUUACAAACACCAAUAGAAGUAAUACAAGCAGAUUCUCCUCCGAUUGUAGUUGGCGAAGAGUAUUCAAACAAGCCUUUAACACUUGUAUAUAUGAGACAUGCCUAUGGAUUAGGAGAACAUUAUAAUUCUGUGAAACAGCUGAUGGACACAGCUACUGAAAAUGGUAGCUAGUUGGUGAAAAUUAUAAAAUUAUUUAUUGGUUCUAUGCAGCAUGACAGUGUGGCCAUUCAUAUCAAACCCUGGAUUGUUCCAAAGGGAAUUGAAUCUUUUAUUUAAAAAUUUUUUUUCUUCUUCCCUUUCUCUCUCUUUCUCUCUCUCUCUCUUUUUUUUUUUUUUUUUU